GGCAAACAAGCACCUGUGGCACCCAGAGCUCAGCUGGUUGGUGUUGGUGGGAGCAGGGAGGUGACAGAGGAGCACAGGGCACUGGGUGCUGCCAUGAGAGUGGCCUCUGGCCCGUCACUGCCCACUGGACAUCCACGGGUGCUGUGGGGAGGCUGUGGCUGCUGACCUCAUCCCAGCAGGAGGACAGGGACGUAUUGCACUUGGCAGGUCCCCAAGAUAAACAUUCCUGUUCCCGCCACCUUUCUGCCCUGCUGGGAACAGGGAUAACGAAACUCGCUGGGGAAUUAGGGACUUUUUACCAGGCAGUGCCAGGGCCUGCAGCUCAGGUGGCUGUGCCUGCACUGGCUCCUGGCCUUGGGGGUGCUGGGGAAUGGGACUGGUGGGUUGUUGAAACUGUGUCUGCUGCCAAGGGGCUGGCUCAAGGGAUGAGGGGGCUCUGCUGUGGGACAGGGGAGAGGGUCCUGGUCCUGCCCUUGCUCAGGCUUCCCACAGCCAAGCACCAGCGUGAAGCCUGGGUUGGGUCCUGGGGGGUUCCUCUGUGCUAAGCUGUUGUCCUGCCCCAGGUGGGACACCCAGGGGUCAGCAGGCAGGGCUCCCCCCGCUCGCUGUGCAUGCUCAGUCCCCUGGGGGCUUAACCCACCUCCCUCUCCUCUUGUGCAGACCCUGCCUUGCCCCUGACCCCAGAGUGUCAGGGGGCAAACCAGCACGUCCCAGAGUCCUGUGACGCCCCUUGGCUCAGCCAAUGCUCCACGUGAUGGACACGGGGGCCCAACCGAGCCCCGCUCCUUCAUCCCUGGGGGCCCAUGGAUGCUCGCCCAGGAGCGGGUGGGACACACGGGCCCCUGGGACUCCCUGCCUGGCUCCUUCUGCUUCUGCCCUGCUGGGUCCUGGCUCUUCUCUGUGCAGGUGCCAUGGCCCUGCAGCUCCCCACCAUCACCAUCCUGCGGAUGCCAGCAGAGGCCCCCCGUCCAGGCGAGAGCGUGGUGGUGUCAUGCGAGGCGACAAGUGGGCUCCCAGAGCUGACGCUGCUCUACUGGCUGGGGAACGGCUCCUUUGUGGAGAGCCUGUACCCAGACGGGGCUGUGCACGAGGGGACAGUGCAAGAGGAGCUGCGGGGCUCGGGGGCGGCCCUGCGCCGUGACCUGCACUUCAGCUCCUUCAACACCCAGCACCUGCUCACCAACUUCACCUGCGUGGUGCUCAGUCCUCUCGGUGUCGACACCAGGGAGGUGCGAUGGCCCCAGCCAGCACCAGCCUGUGUCACUGUCGAGAGUGGGGGGCUGGGCUGACACCAGGGAGCAACUCGUGAGGGGUGAGUGCCCCGCAGUGAGGGUCCCUGCUCCAACAGCCCCGCACCGUGCGCGUGUGACACCUCCAUGGAGGCCCAUCUCCGUGACCUGCUGUGGGGACCACAUGGCCCCACAUGUGCCAGCCCACUGAGCCUGGGGCUUCUGGUGCCUGGGCCGACCCCAGCCUUGCCUGUAGCUGGCUAUGGGACCCCAGGGUUUAUUAAAGUACAUCGAGGCUGCCCCGUUGUCACCUGCAUCCUGGGGAUGGUGCUGCCCAUGAGUGCACAGGGCACCUGUGGGAUGAGGAGGGAGGGAGAGGAAGUGGCCCUGGUGCCCACAAAGGGCAGGAUCCAUUUCUGCCCCCCUCCCUGCCUGGUGAAGUGGUGGAAAACCAUGGUCAGUCCCAGUUCUGCCCAGGGAAUGCCUGGCCCUAUGGCUGUGCCCUGCCCCGGAGGAGGAGGGUACGUGGGGAAGCCCUGGGGUGCAGGGACCCCAGGGAGAUAGGCCCAUCACAUCCCCCUCUGCAUCUGGGGCUGUCCCCCAGCAUGGCAUUGCUGAGCCCCAAGUCCUGUUCCAUGGGGCAGCCCCCCUAACCAUGCUGUCCUGGCAGGGCUCCUGCUCUUGGGUACUGGGGCUGGGGUCGCUGGUGCCAGCCCCCUCCCUGCUACCUCGUGUGCUCGUGGGGGCUGUGACUCCCCUGGGCUGUGGGACAGCCUGGACCCCUUGAGCAAGACUGGGCUGCAGGCAUUGCACUGCAGCACAGGAUGUAGGAGGGAUAGAGGGGGCUGAAGAAGCCCCCAGCUGCAGCCCCCAUGAGCUGCCCUCAGUCCAGGGAACCGCAGGAGACUCCUGGGGACACCCCUGUCCCACAGCUACUCUCAGGAGCCAGGAGAAGGUGAGCAGCGGAGCAGCCACCUGGGCAGGGACCUGCCCAAUACAGCCCUGCUGCACCCCCAAGCCCUGUUGAUUCCAGCCCCCAUCCCUGGGACAGCCCCUCGCAGACCCCACACUCAGCUGCAUCCUUACACCCAUCCUGAUGUCUUCUUGAUGGGGUCGAGGUCCCGCCAGUGUUGGGGGCUGUCAGUGGCCGGGUCCUGGCCAGCAGAUGCUCCGCAGAGGGCAGAGCCCCCGAGGGAAGCCCACAGAUGCCGAGGUGCUGUGGACAGGGAAGCAACUGGUUACUCUGCGAGUGCCUGGGGAGGUGGGGCAGCAGGAGCAGGGCCAACUCAGGGAGGGUGGUGGGGCUUGGGAGGUGGCUGUGGAGAGAGGCAGGGCAGGCUGGGGGAAAGCACCCCCUGCUCCAUCCCUGGCCAGAGCCCCUCCUUGGCACAUGUCCCGGCACCAACCCAGACCCCAGUGCUGGCACCAGCUGAGACCUGCCCUGCUGUGUCACCCACCGGGAGCAACCCCCUUGGGAUCCCAGCCAGAAGUGUGUCCUGAGCCUCGUGGGUGCGGGUCAGGGUGCUCCUGACCGGGGGUGCGGUGCUUGCACCAAUCCCUCUCUCAUGCUGCUGAGGACACAGUAGGCUGUGGCUCAGAUCAGCAGCAACAUUCUCCCAGGGAACCCCUGUGUCUGCACAGCACGGCACGGAACACGGAGGAUCAGAGACAAAGGGGGGACCAUGGGGCCAACACUGGUGACGCUGGGGUGGCAGCCCACAGCUGGGCCCCCAGCCUCACUUCCAAGCCAGAGUGAACCCCCAAAACAUCAUCACUCAUCCGGCUGAGCCACCUCUGGCUGCUCCUGUGACAGCCUCGGCCGUGCUCACCUGUCACCCCACACACCAGCAGGGUCCAUGUGCCUCGGGAGCAGGGUCCAUGUGCCUCGGGAGCAGGGUUCCUGUCCCUCAGG